CAGGUGAUUGCUAUAUCUAUGUGGAAAGCAGAAUGUAUAUGUAUUACUACUUCUACACGUAUAUCUGUAUUUGUUGGGGAAAUUAACAGUUAGUACCAGUGUGUAGGAAUAUGUUACUUCACUGCUUCAGCUGAUUAGAAAUGGCCCCAAAUUUUUCCUAACACCUCACUGUUGUUACAAGUACGUUUUAUUAUUCAGUGUAAAAAAAGUCACGAAAACCAUAUUUGGGAUCUGCAUGAAAGGCCUUCCCGAUGAUGCAGAAAAAUGGUCUCCUUUUUUUAAGUGGUGAGUGUUUAAAACAAUGGCACUUGAGUCUAGGUGUUAUAGAUGUAGAUGCUUGUAUCAAUAUUGAGUUACAUAUUUGACCCUAUUUUCCAUUUUCGUCAUUUCAGUCUGUAGGUUUGAUGUUCCAGUGUAAAUAAACAGAAUGUCUGCUGAUAUGAACCCCAAAACUGUUUCAAUGACUGCUCAAAUAGACUCAGAGAAGAGAGAGGAGAAGAAGGAGACAGAACUCAAGGGCUCGCCGGGCACUCUGGAGGAAUUCCUCCUUCAUGAAAACCUGAAAACGUGGCCUGUACCUGUUCCUCUAGAGUCCCAUGCGAUCGCAUCUCGUGCACUGUUGUUGGGCAAUCAAAAUGAUAUAGAGACUUUACUCAGAGAUGCAGCACCUCUUCCGAUUGACAUGUUAGACAAACUGGGAAAACGUCUGAGAGAACUGGAAGAUGUGUUAAACAAAUAUGCUUAUAUGAUAAUUACUGAUGAAGACAGGGAUCAGUCUCCCACUAGAGCUUUUCUCACAGAAACAGGUGAGAGUCAGGGACGCUCUGUGCUCAGCGCUAUGUCACGGAAAAGUAUAGGUAGUAAUCAGGAUAAUGCAGAGCGUUUUCUACAGAGUAAGAAGAAGACGGUAGAGAACUGUGUAUUUCCAGGCUUCCGUCAUGGGGAGCUGGUGGAACUGCCCGCCCAGUUGGAGGCUCCGCCAAUACUUCACAGGGUCACCAAAGUCCAAGACUUUAAUUCUGGUUUCAAGAAGUUUUGGAAGAAAAUCUUUUUAUCCGAAGCCUCUGUGGCUGUUAUGCAGGAUGGCUUUUGGUGGAUAUUCUUAAAGAAUUUCCAGAAAAAGAAAGUCAAGGAACAGGACCAGCUGUUUGACCGGAUAGCUGACAGUUUUGUGGCUCUCUUUCACAGUAUCAAUGCUGAUGUCAAGGACAAGUUUUUGAUGACAUAUCCAAACUGUCUGGCUCAAAGCCUCUUUGUGGCAUUCUACAAGUCUUUCCCUGAUUCACGGGAGCGUUUUGAUGCGGAUGACUUCAAACAAAACCUGGUGGACUUGGUAUAUGAAUGGACUUCUGGUAUAAAGGUAAUACCGGGCCUGUGGAAGCAGUGGGACAUGCCACACCUACUGGGGGGCAGUAUGAUGGGAGGGGAGGCAGCUGCAGCCGCAGCCAAGCAGAUGCUAGGCCCCCAACCUAACCUGAACAGGAGGAAGUCUACGCACUGCAGUGUUGAUAUUCACAUGUUUGAGAAAUUCAUCUCUAAACUGGGAGAGCCUUCCCAUGGUGAGACGAACCCACCCUCAUCGGAAGGGAGAGCCCUAAUGGGGGGGUUGAUGCUGCGCUCCCACGAGGCAACCUCGCUGUUAUCAGAACUGGACGAAGAGUCUCAUCCAAUUGGACCAGGCGCUGACCUUGAGAGGGUCAAGUUUAACCUUGAUGGUCGUAGCCCCCUAGUUGCUCACUACCUGGACAGACGUAAGCUACAGAACUAUGAACAGCCGGGGAAGAAAGUGCGGCGGACAGAGAUCACUGCCUUGCCUCAGCCAGGACCCACGUACAAGGAACUCAUCACCAAUACACUGUCUCUGUCAGACAACCUUAACAGAGAGUACCAAAAAAUAUGUGAACACACCGAUCGUCAGAUAAUGGAGCUUGAGAAACAGAAGAGAGAAACAAAUCGGGAGAUUGAUAAGCUACAACGAGAACUAUUGUUUACCAAGAACAGUGUGGAACUGAAAAUUCUCAGUGAGAAAAUCAUGGAAAUUAAGGAUCGAGACAGGCACAGGUCCUUUUUCUCCACGGAGGGGAAUGACGAUCUAUCAGGAUCAGAAGAAGAGUUUUGAUUUGUUAAGGCAUGCAUGGUUUCAGCUAGAGGCAUGCAUACUGCUACAUGUCGGAGCUAACAUCAGCAUUAGAUGAAGUGUUGUGACGCUCUGACAGAUGCAUGGUGCCAGCGACAUUUGUACAAACAGCCUGCAUGAUUGUCAGCAUGCAAGAUUAUCUUCUGCUGCAUGUCAGAGUCAACAUCAUGAUGAGGUGAAGAACUGUGACCUGCUGACAGACAUAUUGUGUCAGCUUCAAUCAGCCUGCGUGAUUAUCUUCUGCUGCAUGUCAGAGCCAACAUCACGAUGAGGUGAAGAACUGUGACCUGCUGACAGACGCAUUGUGUCGACUUCAAUCAGCCUGCGUGAUUAUCUUCUGCUGCAUGUCAGAGCCAGCAUCACGAUGAGGUGAAGAACUGUGACCUGCUGACAGACAUAUUUUGUCAGCUUCAAUCAGCCUGUGCGAUUGUCUUCUGCUGCAUGUCAGAGCUAACCUCUGAUUCUUUCAAAUAGUUGCAUAUGGCAAAUAUAUGUAUGGAUUUUAUUAAACAUUGGUCCCUUGUUGCAUGGCUUUUUUAUGUAAAUUACAUCCUGAUUAUUGACUGAAUCUUGUCAUACUUGUUGAUUUUCUUCCUUCAAGUUUUACUCUGCUAUCAAUAUUAUUUCUUUUAUAUCACAAUG